GAGAUGCAAAGGUGGGCAAGAGUGACUCGCCCGUGCUUCUGAUGCCUCCGUUGCCGCUGCUGCCCGUGCUGCCCGUGGCGCCUGUGCUGCCAGCAGUGCCAGGGAGUGCAGGCAGGAGCACAGUGGGCGGGCGGCGCCGCCGGAGUGCAGCAGAGUACUUUGGAAGCGGUGGGGCUGACAGCAGGGCUUGUGGGAGGGGCGCUGGCGCAUGUGAGCGCGCUAAGGGCGGCGAAGACCUGGAGUGUGUUGUCAGCAUGGUAGGGUGUGAAUGUGGUGCGCGCAGCACCGCGUGUGAAGGUGCCCGCCCCACUGUGUGCUCCGCUUUUGCCAGACGCGGGUCAGGACAAGGGAACGAGGUGGGGCGAUGGAGAGAUGGGGGAAACCAGAGCAGCGAGGGAGAUUGGCAGACGAAAGGGAGAGGAGGGACAGAAGGUGGGGGAGAAAGAGGAAAGGCGGCAGUGGCGUGGGACAGGUGUGCUGUUUCGACUGUGCGCGAUGCUUCUGCAUCUACUGCUGCCAUUCCCCCUCCUGCAGUGGCUCGUAUUACUCCACCACCCGCCGUUUCCCCUCCAGAGGCCACAAGCUCACUCCACCAGCCAUGUUUCCUUGAGAGCUCACAGAUGGAGUGUGCGGAGCGCAGAGCAACGAUGGGGUGCACUGCGAAGGCUGGGAGGGAUGUACCAGGGUUGGCAAGAGGGGGCACUGAGAGCAGCAGGGCACGCGGAGGCUACACUCGGGGAACCCAAGCAGAGCUGCACGCGUGGCAGUGCGCUGAGAGCAGGUCCGAGAGGCAUGUUGGGAGCCGGUCUCGCUCCGUCACCCCUGAGCCAUCUGCUGGUGAUCUCGACCUCUGUGUGGACAGGUGUCUCGCUAUGAUUGGUGGAGCAGAGGACAGGGCGUUGGCACUGCCGGCCAUGAGGAAGCUUCCAUGCAAGGGGGCGGCAGAUGGGGGCUGUUUGGGGCUGCUGGAGCAUAUGGCAAGAAGGGCUGCUGGGGGGAGCUUUCCGGCUGCUGCUAAUGGUGCUGCUGGUGCUGCUGCUGGUGGCGGUGGUGGGGGUGCUUUAUUUGGGGACGUGGGGCGAGUGGCGUUUGCACGCCACAAGGAGAUGCUGAGGGCAGCAGGGAGGCGGGGCCACUGGCAGGAGUGA